UAAUAUACUUUUUAAACGUCUUUAGUGAUAUCAUGGCAGUACAUGUAUCUCCGAGAGAAGAUUUCAAACGAUAUAAUGUUGACGAUGUGUAGAUUCAUCUGUAGAUGUUUGUUUCAUUUGAAAAAAGUAUUAUAAAGUAAAAUGUUUUUGCAGCAUCAGAGUUGUCAGUCUUGUUACUAACACAUAUCACUACUAUGGAUGAUACAUUCACCCAAAGUUAUGAGCAUGUUCAAAAGAAAAGACGUAUUCAUAGAGGAUUAGAAGAAUGUGUAGCAUACAGUCAGUCAGAAGAAGGAACUGAAACGCUGCGACAGCCUUUGGCAGCAUCAGCUAAGAAGCAAUUGCCAAGCAGAAAUCUUUAUCCAGUUCAUCGAAGGCAUAAAAAAUUUCAAACUCAAGUAAACUUAUCACUAUCUGCACCAUCUAAAAUUCAAAUCCCUGGCCAGAUUCUUCCAUGUACUUUAAAUGAUAGAACUACAGAAAAGGCAAAUCAGCUGUUGCAGAGGUUAACUGGGAAUAUGCAGAUGAAAACUGAGGAUGUGGAUUUUGAAGACAGGGAUUCUUUUAGCUCAGGUAGUGAACUUAAUGAACCAAGUAAAGGAAAAUUUACUAAAAGUAGUGACAAUGACAAACACAUCUUGAAAAAUCUAGGUGGAUUCACAACAGCCAGCAGUGUAUACAGUCAACCAAGUACACACUGGACCAGUUGUCUUGCAAGCUCCUCUUCUGCUACCCCCACAAAUUUAAAGUUUUUAGACUCCAGUGCUUCAGGUGCACAAUUUACAAACUUUGCACCAUGUACAAAGAAGUCAAAGAUUCCUCCUGGUCAGAGAUCAAUCAAACAAUUUAUGACUCCUGUUUCACAAAGCAGUGAUGGAGUACACAAAAGUAACUUGUCAAAAGUGUCAAGUCAUACAAAUUCAGUACAGUUCACCAGUCCAAGUCAAAAUCAAACUCUCCCAGGCACCUCUAAAGAAUUAACUUGUAGGAUGUCAACAGAAACAUGCUCCUCUGUCAAGAGUGAGUCUGACAUUGUGUAUAUAAUCAGCAGCGAUGACAGUACAGAUGGCUUAGAUAAGAAGAAGAAUGACAAAAUGUUGAAGUUCAGCAGGCAGCAGAGUUCUGAUAGGGAUUCUACUGAUGUUGCUGAAAAAUUAUCUUGUGAGACAAGAAAAAGAAAAAGGUCUAGAAAGACAAAAACUCGGAAAUGGAUUAAAGAAUCUAGAACACCAGGCUGCAGGAAGACACAGGAAAAAUCUAACUCAAAAACAAGUUUUACUGGAUCAUGCACAUCUUAUUCUGCUAGGCAACUUCAAGAGCAAUUUGUUACAGUCACACCAUCCACAAGUAGAGAUUUUCUUGUUACUGAUGAAGAUGACUUUGAAUCUUGUCCCACGCCAAACAAGCCAGUUAUGAAAAGUACAGUUGAAGUUGGGAAAACCUAUGGCCUGCUGGGGGAAAGUAAAGUGGAGGUUGAGGCAGUGAACUACUUUCAGCAGCUACCGCUAGAUGUAGUGGAAAAUAUUUUCUGCCGCCUUCCUAUGCUUGAUCUUCUUCUCAAUACCAAUCGAGUGUGCCUUUACUGGAAUGAUGUCAUCUCGAACUCCAAGUUUAUUUACUGGAAAAAGCUGUACCAUCGACUGAAGAAGGAUGUGACAGAGGCUAGAAACACCAUUGAGAAUCUGUUGAAACAAAAUGACAUGUGUUUACCUUCUGUUCGGCUUGUUAGUCUCAUCAGGUAUAUGAAAAUCUUCAAGCCAUUAUGCAAAGAGAACAACUUAUGUGAACUUCUGCAACAGCAUCCAAAAUAUACUUCUGCUGUCAUCUUAUUGAAAGAAAGGGCCCCAGACUGCUUUCAUAACAAGGAACCCAACCCCUGGAGUCUGAUCACAGCACUUGCCAUGGUAGCCACUUCCGUCAGAGAAACUACACUUGUGCUGCAGCUUUUGACAUCUCCAAGGGCAAAUGUGCAAUGUACAGACAUAAUAGAGUGUUUCUACUGCAUCGCCACAUUUCUUUUGGCAUUUCAGAAGUGUUCAAGUCACAACUGUGCUGCAAGAGUUGACACUGAACAAGGCAUCACGUGUAUUCAGAUGAGUAAACUGAAGAACUGGUCAGCAUUGAGUGCCAUGCACUAUCACCUGUUUUAUGCACUUUACCUGUUUGAGAACUUGUCGAUAUCCAACCAUUCCAUGCUUCAGUCUGCAAUGAACAGCUCCUCCGGACAGCAGAGCAUUAUACGGUACAGUCAAGGUGAAACAAAAGUGCGUCUCACCCAUGAACAAGUGCGCAUAAUAAGGUUCACUCCUGGACCUGGAGACAUUGUGAAGAUCAUUGCUUUUGCAGGCACAGGCAAGACCACAACUUUGGUUCGAUAUUCUCAGAUGAGACCAAACCUUCGAUUUCUGCUUAUUGUUUUUAACAAAUCUGUCUGUGAGCAUGCCCAGAAGUGUUUUCCUGCUAAUGUUACCUGCAAAACAGCACACAGUCUGGCAUACGCUGCCGUCGGCAAAAGGUAUCAGGCAGCAAAAAAACUGAAUAUAGGCAGUCUAAAGGUGUUUUAUGUUGCCAUGUCACUUCCAGAACAGACGGAAAAGAGUCAGAAAGAAAAUUAUUUCGUUCGCGGAAAAAUGGUACUGAAAACCAUUAAUAAUUUUUGUGCUUCAUCUGAUGAGGAAAUCAGUGUAUAUCAUACUCCGGAAACACAGAUGUGUGAAACGACUGGGCUCUUUGAGCCUAUCCCUUUUCACGUUAGGCAGCAAUAUGCCAGAGAUGCAGAGUACUACUGGAAUCGGAUGAAGGAUCUACAGGACACAAGAGUGCGGAUGACACAUGAUGGAUAUAUGAAGUUGUAUCAGUUGAGUAAACCAAAACUUUCUGGAUAUGAUGUCAUUCUUGUGGAUGAGGCUCAGGACUUGACGCCUGCCCUUAUUGAUAUUCUGCAUUGCCAGCAUCAACCAAAGAUAUUUGUUGGUGACCCGCACCAGCAGAUCUACUCCUUCCGUGGUGCUGUCAACGCUAUGCAGCAAGUUCAACACUCACAUAUCUUUUAUCUCACACAGUCUUUUCGGUUUGGUCCUGAGAUUUCCCGAAUGGCAGGCAUUAUUCUGGAAACAAUGAAGGCUGAGAAAAAGACCAUUGUAGGGCAUGGAAAGCCAGGAAGUGUAAAUGGAGAACGAGUUGGCCAAUUAGCAAUCCUGUGUCGGACAAACUAUACAGUCUUCAGUGAAGCAGUUCUUCUGUGUUUCUACUCUUCUGUACCAUGUCGGGUGGCAUUUGUUGGUGGUUUGGAAGGGCUUGACUUCCUGACGCUGAAAGACAUCUACAACCUGCUGCAUCAGCCUGAAGGACAGAGAGACAUAAAAAGCAAGUUCAUAGCUCGUUUCGAGAAUAUGGCCAAGCUUGAGAAAUAUGCCCAGAAGACCACUGAUAAUGAGCUGCUUGGCAAGAUCCGGAUCGUUAAAACUUAUGAUCAAAUUUUGCCCGCUUGUAUGUCAAGAAUAAGGGAGAAGACUGUCAGAGACCUUACACAAGCAGAUGUUGUGCUGAGCACAGUUCACAAAGCUAAAGGACUAGAGUUUUCAACUGUAAAAAUUACUGAUGACUUCAUUGAAUCGAGGGCUGACGUAGAAUGGACAAGUAUUCCAUCCCUGAGGCUGCCUAUUGAGGAAGUAAAUUUGCUGUAUGUGGCUGUGACUCGGGCAAAGCAUGCAUUGAUGAUGUCAAAUCUGCUCUAUAUUCUUUUCACCUAUGGUGGGGGUGGCUUUGCAUGGCCCAUGCUUUCUGAUGAACUCACAAAGCUUGGCAUAAGUUUCACUUGCUUGGAGACAGGAGAAGGAUUUGAACCUAAAACUCUGACACUUUACAGGCCUAAAACUACUUUGGGUAAUAAAACUGAGCGGGCUGAAGGAGUUUACUCCCCACAAUGGCUCUUGGAUAAUGAAAGUGAAUUUGUUCACUUACUAGGGUGCAAGAUAUGAAAAGAUAUCUUAUUGGUGGAAGGCAAUCCAGAGCAGUCUGAUAAGGGCAGCUGAAAAUUAUAUCCUCAUGAAGUGUGUACAGACAUUUUCAAAACUGCACCUUUUUUGUCUGGCUGGAACACACAAGGACAGUGCUGAGAUAGAAAAGAUGGGGGCUGUGAUGUUAUUCAUGAAUGUGUUGGUAGAAAACUGUUGUGACAAUUGUAAGUCAUGACAUCUAAUUCACAAUUCCACAAUUGUAGACUUUUAUGCAUUUGUGUAUGUGUGCAUGUGUUUGAGAGGGGGGAGAUCAUAUUGUACAUAUUGUAGUCAAGAAAAGAGAUGAAUCAUGAUUCACUUUAGCCAUCUCUAUGAUGAAAAGUCCAAAUUACUCUUUAUAGUGUAGUCUUCAUCUUCAGAAAUUGUCCGUUUUCAUUUUCUGUGUUCUUUUAAUCACCUCAUCCUCUCCUCCCUCUCUUGAUUUUGGCAGGAGAUAUAGUUUUUGCAUGUCAAAAGGUAUUAAGAAAAAAAGUUUAAUUUUUCUUUGUAAAAAUAUGUAUAAAUGUUAAUUGAAUAAUAAAUAACAUAAAACUUGUAAGAACAUUGAAAAUUUUUUAAUUGUUAUGCCAGCUAAUAUUUAUCUUAGAGCAAGAACAUAUGUAAAUCAGUGACUUGAUGGAAGAUCUAUAAAAAAAUGAAAAGCCAAUCAACCUGUUAUAUAUUUCUUUAUUUCAUUAUGCAAGCUAAACACUUUCUAUACACAAGAUACAUGCGAUUUAAGGUACUGCAGU